AUGGUUUUCGAUACUGAAUUUGCGAACGAUAAAUCUGCCAUUCUCAGUCAGGGAAUAACUGUAGUUAUACUCUUUGCGCUGGGAAUGGUUGGCAACGGAAUUCUCAUGGUGGCUUAUUGUCGGGAUCAUCGCAUGCAAACACCAACCAAUAUGUUGGUUAUAAGCCACAUAUCCGCUGAGUUUUUGUUUUCUGUCAAUGGCAUUCUUGUGUACGGAUCGAGUCUAAUCCGACUUGAGGUUCUGGAAGGAAACCUCUGCAUCCUCGCCGGCACUAUCAACAUGUUUUUGUUCUUCGUCUCUGUUCUCAGUUUGACAGCCAUUGCCGUGGACCGCUACUUCGCUGUGGUGAGAAAAAGCCAUCAUAAGUUUACGAAGAACUUAGUGAGGCGUGUCGUGGUUGUUAUUUGGAGCCAAGCUGUGGUAUCCGCAAUUCCCUGGGAUUUGAUUCUUAUUAACAAGCCCGGAAAGAGAUUCAUCGCCUGGGUGCUAGGAAAUUGCGAGAAAUACCUCACUCUACGAGAGCAUAACAACGUGCCCGUUAUAUCCUUUCGCAUUGUACUUUGGAUACUGUCCUUCAUGAUACCGUGCGUUGUGAUAUUCUACGCUUCUGGACAAAUUCUUCGAACUGCUCUCAAUAAACGAGUUCGCGUCCAUGUACUGGAGUAUCCGAGAAAUCCCGUCGAUGCUUACUCAAAGUCUUCGUUCACAACGAUCAUGAUAACAACCGUGUACUUCCUAUGUCUCAUACCAAGCCUUGUAUUGUAUAUUUUGAGAGAAGGCAGUUCCGGGUCGUACUACUCUCCAGCGGUUCAUAUCAUUGCCAAGGUGGCUAUGAGUUUUAGGUCGGUGUGUUAUCCAGUGAUUUUUAUCGCUCGCAAUCGGAAAUUUUCGGGUCAUGUUCGGACGUUUUUAAGAAAGAAAUGCACACUUGUUCAGCGAACUUGUGCAGCCAUGCGCUGUCGAUCGCUCAACUGCCGACAAGGUGUAAGGCAUGUGUAUGAAUGUCCUACUCAUACGGGGCGCAAUUCAAUUCAUUUUGGCAUGAACGGUCAAGCUUCCGAGCUUCAGGUUACGCCCUCUAUGGGUAUGCCACUUAGAAUAGCUUUUACGGACUUAAAAGGUAUCUCGGAGAAUUCCUUAUAG